UUACUGCCAGUAAAAAUGUCUGUAAAAUUGGUCCCAAAACUUUUCUAGCUAAUCUUCCUGCUUGGAGUAACUAAACCUGCUUUUAGCUUUUUUGAUCCCUGUGGAGAUAGAAAUGGAAUAAAAGUCGAAGAAGCCAAUGCAGUGAUGGAGAACUGGCCCAGAAAUCUGCAAGUGGAUAGGGUUAAUAGAACCCACAAGUGCUAUGUGUCCGGCAUUCUCUGGUACUUUGGUAUUAUAGAUUGUUUCGGAAAUAUGCGCCUUGAUGUAUAUUUGGAUCUUGGGAUUAUAGAUGAGUAUGCUUUUGCACCGACUCUCGACCGCUGUAUUUACCAGUAUAGAGAUGUGUCUGAUCACUGCCUUAGACUAGAGAAAUUAGCCACAAAAUAA